AACGCGGUGAAACUUAACAUUGUUUUGUGUUAUUUGCUAACGUAAGGGGCGUCUACUGUCACAGGAAUAACAACUCUGUCGCCUAUAUCCCCGAACAAGGAUAUUUAAUGAAACAAAACACGUAUUUAGCGGCUCAAAAUCAACUGUUGAUGCUGGUUUGCGAUGCUGGAGGAAGGUUGAGCCAGGCCACUCAUGGGGGAAGCUGAAAAUGUCCAAUCCGGUUAAAAAAGUGAGACAAGGAGAAAAACUGCCCCUGAAAUCCAGAGGAAUCCAGAGCAAGCCAUCUCAUGAUCUCAGGAGGCUUCAGUCCCUGCUUGCCAGAAGCAUUCCCAGACAAGAGGUGGCAGCGUUGAGUCACAGUAAAGCACGCAGCAGCGGAGUCAGCAGAUCUCAAGGCCUGCAGCCUCUGAGAGACACGAACAGACAGAGGAGUGAGAGCGACAUCACCAGUGAAGCCUCUGAACUGGAAAAAUUCAGCAUCACCUACAGAGACCAAAGAUGUUUCAGCAGCCACCCACUGCACAAACUCUUCUCUGACAUCCUUGUGUCUUUGGUUAAGAACCGACUCUGCAGUGAAUGGAUCGACUCUGCACAGCCUGAGUCGGUUGUCAGAGUUCUGAUCUGCCUACGAUUAUUGAUGAGAGAUCCCCACCAUCAGAAAAUCCUCCACCAGAUCCAAGGCAUAAAUUCACUCGCCAGGUAUAUGGAGCAUGUCACUGCCAUGUACAUAUCUUGUGGCGAACAGGCGCUCGCUGUGCAGAAGCUGGUCACAAUGACCUACAUGUUUCAGAAGCUGUCUGCUGUUGGAGAUCAAAAGGUCUGGGUCAUCGAGAGCGGCGCUCAUAGGACCCUGGUGAAGCUCCUCUCCACGACAGAUAGCAGCGUGCUGCUGGGAGCCCUGCUGGCACUCACCACUUUGGCUGACAGCCCAGAAUGCAAGGAGGAGAUUGGAGAGUUACCCAUAGUGGAGAACCUGCUUGUAAUCCUGCAGGAGUACGACCUGCUGUCAAAGAGGAUGAGUGCGGAGCUGCUGAGGCUCCUGUCCCCGGUGAGGCGGGUGAGGGACCAGGUCCGGGAGCUGGAGGGUCUGCCAGUGCUGCUCAGCCUGCUGUACGGCCAGCACCUGAAGCUGCUGUGGAGCGUCGCCUGGGUCCUGGUCCAGCUCUGCGAGGAUCCCGACACCAGGAUGGAGAUCAGGAGCUGGGGCGGGGUGCAGCAACUUCUCCGGCUGCUGAACAGCAACAGGCAGUAUGUCUCUGACCGCUCAUCCAUCGAGACGCUCUCCAGCGCCAACGCAGCCGGCCGCAUCCAGAGAGAGCACAUGAGAGAGGAGCUCAGCCCGCAGGAGGAGGUGGACAACACUAUGGCCCUGCAGUCAGCCUGCUGUACAGUUCUGACUGAGCUUAGCCUGGAUGACACAUCUGCUCACCACAUUGUGCAGGAAAAUGGGGUCUAUGUAAUAGCCAAACUGAUUUUACCACAAAACUCUGGACCAAAGGUCACAUCUUUACAGUGCUAUGCGUUUAGAACCCUCCGGUUUCUCUUCAGCAUGGAAAGAAACAGGCAUCUAUUUAAGAGACUCUUUCCCACCGACCUCUUUGAGUUGUUUAUUGAUGUUGGACAUUAUGUUCGGGACCUCGCGGCCUACGAGGGACUGCAGACCAAAGUUUCACUCUACACUGAAGAGGAACUGGACAGUCUGAGAGAGAGCAUCGAGACUGUGGACCAGAACCGACCCCCACUUAAAGUCAUCAACGGUUACUCCAUACUGGACCAUCUGGGCACUGGGGCGUUUGGAAGUGUCUUUAAGGUCCGAAAGCAGAGCGGCCAGAACCUCCUGGCUCUGAAGGAAGUGAACCUCCACAACCCGGUGUUUGGCAAAGACAAGAAGUCCAGAGACAGUAACGUGGAGAAAAUCAUCUCUGAGCUCACCAUCAUCAAAGAACAGAUGACGCACCCAAACGUUGUAAAAUAUUACAAGACAUUUUUGGAAGGUGACAAGCUGUACAUCGUGAUGGAGCUGAUCGAGGGCGUGCCGCUGGUGGAGCAUUUCAACUCACUGAAGGAGAAGCAGCAGAAGUUCACAGAAGACAGGAUUUGGAAUAUAUUCAUACAGAUGUGUCUGGCUCUGAGGUACCUGCACAAGGAGAAGAGAAUAGUCCACCGCGACCUCACACCUAAUAACAUCAUGCUGGGGGAAAAGGACAAAGUCACCAUCACCGACUUUGGCCUUGCAAAGCAGAAACAGGAGAACAGCAAGCUGACGUCAGUGGUCGGCACCAUCCUUUACUCCUGUCCAGAGGUGGUGAAAAACGAGCCGUAUGGAGAGAAAGCUGACGUCUGGGCUUUGGGCUGCAUCCUCUACCAGGUGGCCACUUUACAGCCUCCGUUCUACAGCAGUAACAUGCUGUCGCUGGCCAGCAAGAUUGUCGAGGCCGCGUACGAGCCGAUUGAAGAAGGAGCUUACUCAGACAGAGUCAUAGACAUGAUCAGAUGGUGUUUGAGUCCAGAUGCAGACCAACGGCCGGACAUUGUGGCCGUCAGCACCAGGAUCUCUGACCUCAUGAUGAGGCUGAUGGACGGCCUCUACACUUCCCAGAAUGCACUGGAAAGGAGAGCAGAGAGAGACAGGAAGCGAGCGCAGAAGUACUUCCUGGAGAGGCACAAAUGCAGGAUGGACUGCUGUCGCUCAAACCUGUCUCAGGAAAAACCCUUCAUGAAUACUGAGUGUCCGACUCCACGCUCUUCUGCAGCCUGCAGCUCAAACCACAGCGAACAGCUCAUCAGUCAAGAUGAUGCAUCAGAUGGUGAUGCUGAGCCAUGCAAUGCCAAAGUUGACAUCACUGCCUCUACAGGAAAACACUACGGAUUUAAGCCCAGCGCCUGUGUUACACUGGACCAAAUUCAGUCUGGAGGGGAUUUUGCUGCUGCAAAGAUUAAACCACGACCAGUGUCAGCGGGGAUUUGCGUCUCCCAGAAGAAGGUUCGGCAGAUUGAUGAUCCCAUUCAGAGGCUCCUGGUGCAGCUGCACAAAAUUAUUUACAUCACUCAGCUUCCACCUGCUCCACACCACAACAUCAAACGACGGAUCAUUGAAAGAUUUAAAAAGUCUUUAUUCCACUUUGGGAGUGAUCCAUACAACCUGAAAGUGGAGCUCAGUAAGCUGCUCCAGGCCUCUCCAGACCUGAUGGAGUUAGACUCGGCUAGUUCUGACUGGUGGCCCCUGGUCCACCAUUUCACAGAGGAGCCUGACAGCACAGGUGAUGGGAAUCUCAAAGAUGGAGUCACCUAUCAGCAGAUGCAGGGGAUCAUAGAGGAGCUGCUGGAGGAGAACAGCUACUAUGAGGCAACACACAGCAGGAUCACAGAGAAAAGAAACGGCCAUGAAAACAAGUGACCAUCGUCCAUAUUCAUCCUCAGAUGUCACAGAAGCAGCCGGAAAACAAAAGACCAAAAAUUUAUUCCAGCAUGGAAACAUCUGAAGCAACCUGAGCUCAUAAAAAAGUCAACAUGUGACUUGAUAAGGCUGCUGUAAAAUAUUACCAAGGCUGAAACCACUCCAGGGCUGCAACUACUAAUUAUCGUCAUCAUUUUCUGAAUAAGAACAAUUAAUAGUUUGGUUUAUAAAAUGGCAGAAAGCAGUGAAAAAUGUCAACAAUUUCUAAAAGCCUAACAUAUCAAAUCUUGUUUGAGCUGUAAAGCAAAAUCCAAAGAUAUCGAUCGUUGCAGCUCUACACCAAACACCUCUGUGGUUCUCAGGCAUUGAUUAUUUGUCCAAAUUUGAUGUGACUAUGUAAAUCUCCAAAGAUAAUUUAACAUAUUUAUACUGUCCUGUUCGUGCUUGUGAUGAAGCUGGAAGCAGAUUUAUAUUUAUUUCUGUCACUCGUACCAAAGUGAACUGUCCUGUAACCGACUGAACCUCUGACACUUUCCAGAGCUUUUUAUCUGCCUGUCUGAAGCUUCCUGUUUUGUUUUUUCAGGUUUAUUUGAGUCGAGCACUUUUAAAUUCUCAGGACCAGACUCUGCGGUUUGACUGUUUUAACUCCUCGCUGCAGGACUGCACAUCACAAGAUGUGUUUCUAUUGGCUGCGAGCCAAAAGCUGCAGAGACAAAGAUCUGAUAAGAAACCAAACCUUCACCUCGGUUCACCAUCAAUUUCCAAACAUAUCACAACAUGUGACUGCAGCGUUGGCGGACAGUUAGACUUUUAACUUUAUUAACAUGCACUCAGAUAACGCUGUUAUCAUUUUCAAUAAGAUUAACAUCUGACAUAUACUGUCUGUCUGUAAUUCACUGAAUGUUUUCGUUGUCAUUUUGAGGAGUGGAGCGCAGCUGGAGGGACGCUUUCUAAUGCACUUUGACCCAAAAGGGAUUUGUCAGUAUAAUCUGUAUAAGGAAUAGAUCAUUUAAAAUAAACUCUAUUUAAUGCAGACAGUGUCCAGUUGUGAUCAUUCAUCAUGUUAAUAUAAAGUUUAAUCAUUUGGAUCUUCUUUGCUGAGCAGUGAGGAAAGUGAGUGAGCUGGAGAAAAUGUGCAGGUUUACUGAGCAGUGGGGAAAAU